UUAGGUUAUAGUACGAUAUAUGAGUUACCACGCUUUGCCAAUGGAGACUUCGAAUCCCGCGAUGGAAGAAGUUCCUAACCUCGAGGCUAACAACGCCAGAGCUGCAAGAGUCAUGUAAGUCCCGACUCCAGAGAGAUUGGCCUUGUAACUGUUGAUUCUACAAACUUGUGCCUCAGAUUGCUGGAAGCUACAGGGAGUCAUACGUUUUCUGGUUGGAGGCCAUCGCUAUUGUAUUAUAGGGAGUCUUACACCUUUAGAGCUGUUUAACUCUGAAGACCUGAGACACUAGAAUCAGAUUGCGAUCGCAACUUUUUUGCAUUCUGGAGCUGUCCUGGUCGCAUUACAUUGCAUGUUUAGCCCUGCUUGCUUUGGCAUCCCCUGGGCUGCUGGUUGCAAGAGAAGUUCUUUUGUCCAAAAUGCUGUGCUAUUUGGCACGCAUACCGGACCACAAUGCUACACAAAUGCAUGCUUGGCUGCAAGCCUGUUGACACUCCUAUUUGCGAAUGGCUUUGCCUGUUAGGAAGGUAGCACUGCAAUGAGACUGAAGCAAUUGCAAGGCCAUAAACACAUCCAUGACGAACAGCAAAAGUAACAGAAAAGAGUUGUUUGCCCGAGCUAGCCAUUUGAUACAGUAGCUGGUUGCUGAGUUUGCUCAACUGAAGUGGUCAUUCCGAUGUGCAGCCACAGGUCUUGGAGCAGCUUGAGCUCCUGGCGAGGCCGAUGAAAGGUGCGAUGCCGCUGCGAAAGGAGAUCACGCUGAUGCGGGAGAAAGUCUUGGACUUGGCGCGACGCAUCAAAGAGACCAAGGACUCUGAGCUUGUGGAGGUCCAUGUCCAGUUGCUCUCCGGCACCAUCCUGGGAUCUUGGGCGCUGCCUCGGCAGAGCAAGGUGUCCGAUGUGAUGGACCGUGUGUCAGACAUUGCGGAGGAGGGAAAGGCCGUGUCCAAACUGGUCUUUGGAGACAUUUUGGACGAGGAUUCCACUCUUGAAGGCUGUGGCAUCGACGAGGGUGAUGUCCUCACUGUGACCUUCCAACCAUGCGCCUUCCGUGUGACUGGUGCCGGAGCAAUGGAGGUCAAUGGCUACUACGCGAAGUCUGAAAGAGUUCAGAACGGUGCACCAGUCUUCAUCAACAAAAAUGGCAUCAUCCUCUUCAAGUACAUCAUGAGACGGGGCACGCCUUAUUGGUACUUCACUAAAGAUGGUCAUCCAGCUGAUGACAGCAAAGGUGACUAUUAUCGUGUCCAAACUGAUGCCGCUUCUCCUCCAACUGAUGGUUGGAACACCAAGAGUUGCCCACUCGGGACCGGAACGUGCCCGGCCGUGCAACCUAUGGACGUGGAGUACAAGCCAAGUCCACCCCCAAAUGGAGCUGUUGCGACGGAUGAGGCUGACAAUUUGGACCUCUUCUGAAAAGUGGAAGGCCAGGAGGAAGGCAUGACAAUGAACAUGGAUCCAAUUCAGCCAGCGAGGAAAGAAACAUACAGCACGGAAGAAUCCUUUCGUCACUGGCCUUUUUGCUUCUUCAGUACAUUGGCAUAGUAUGUCGCCUUCUAGCUUCUUGGCAUGCUGGCUGGCAAGGCGAAGGGUUGGAAGACAACCGGGGCAGAUGAGUCCACAUGUGAAACCACCUUCGGGGGGCAACCAUACACUGCCCCGUUGUUGCUCUCCGGAGUCGUACGGGAGUCAAGAUUCUUCCGGAAGAAUCGAGCCAAUGGAAACUUAAUAGCGAUGGCCUCCAUCCCACUAGCGAUGGCCUCCAACUAAAAGUGAUGGCCUCCAACCUAAAGGAUCUCAGAUCUGAAGUUUCUUUGCCCGUGCCAACGCUUUGCCUCAAGUCUUUGACCUGAAGCCAAUUCGCAUCUCUGACAAUAUGUUGCAAGCUGGUUGGAGGUUGCUGUACAUAGAAGCAUGUGUCUUCACGGUGCCCGGUGCAGCAGUGUUUUGUCUAGUGCUUGUCUCAUCAAUGUGUACAGGAGGCAGCCAGUACGUAAAA